GUCUUUAUGAGCAGACCUGCAGCGCAAUGUUUACUAAAAUAGGAUAGUUAAAAUUAUUAAUAGCUACAAGUGUAUUUUGAUUUGUACAAUUUGUUAUAAUGAAUAAUACUGCAUACAAAGAAUACCAUGAGUCAUUCAUGCUUAACAACAAUGGAUCGACUGCGGUGCAUACCUGUUUGUGUAUAUAUUUUACCUUACAAUGUGCCUUGUUGUGUGCAAUUAAACAAAUAAGAAAUAAUACAAAAAGAUAUAUCAGUGAAUAUUUAAUAAUUAUCCUUCCUAUGAUAUUAGCUCACACAGUUUUAUCAGAUUAUAUUUAUGAACUAAACAUUGCAGUUUUUAUUUUACUAACGUAUGAAAUAGCUAAAAACUACAAUAACAUAGAUGUUCACAAAACUUUGACAUCUGGUAAUGUAUAUUUAAAUAAUAAAAUACAUUUAAUAACAUGUCUAAGAGGGUUGACAUAUCUGAUAACUGGGCUUUGUAUAUUGGCUGUAGACUUUAGGGAUUUCCCACGGCAUUUGGCUAAAACUGAAAAAUAUGGUUAUAGUUUAAUGGACACCGGAGUUGGUCUUUUUGUUCUCAUUAGUGGUCUUGUACACAAAGAUGUCAAUAAGAAUAAUUAUCAGACUGUAUUAAAGAGUAAUACUAAAUUUGUAUUAAUACUUUUGUUAUUAGGAAUUGUAAGAUAUUUAUCUGUAAAAAAACUAGACUAUCAAGUACAUGUAUCAGAAUAUGGAGUGCAUUGGAAUUUCUUUUUUACUCUUGCUAUAUGUAAACUUUUUUCAACUAUAUUGUUGAUUUUAUCUUCUCGUGUAUUAGUAUUAUGUAUUGUUGUUAUAAUUUCACAUGAAUUAUUUUUAUAUAACGGUGUGCAGGAUUGGGUUUUUAGUGACACAAAAAGAAUUCGUUUUAUAGAUGCCAACAGAGAAGGUAUAUCUUCUAGCCUUGGUUAUGUGGCAUUAUAUUUAUUUGCAGCUUAUUUAAAAAAGGAACUAAUGAAAACAUCCCAUAACCGGUAUUGUAUUCUUCGAAAUCUUCUAUCUAGUUCUGUUAUUCUUCUUAUUAUAUCAAUUGCUGUUAACAGAAUCAGGCCUAUAUCAAGAACCUUGGCUAAUGCUGGCUAUUGUUCCUAUAUAUCUACAGUACUAGCAUUUGGAGUAACAAUUAUUUAUUUUAUAGAAGUAAUAUUUCAAGGUAAUAAAAAAACUAGAUUUGAAGUACCUCUUAUAUUAGCAGCUAUCAAUAAUAAUGGACUUUUGUAUUUUUUAAUAGCAAAUUUAAGUACAGGUAUCAUAAAUUUAACUCUACAAACAUUCCUGGUAUCAUCGCCUACCACAUUUGUUAUAUUGAAUUGUUAUAUGAUAUUUACAAUUUAUUUAACAAUAUAUUUGAAUAAAAAAGGAAUCAAAUUAUAAAAAAUAAUUAAAACAUACUUUUUUUUAUGUAAUGUUUUAUUGAAACUAAUAAUAACAUAAUUAAUGUCAAUUAUUAUCUAAUGCUUUUUUAAUAAAAAUCUAAUGGCAGUUGUAUCGACUAGUUUUUGUCAUGUACAGAUAAUUUAUUUAAUCACACUGUAAAUAUAGAAUAAAAUAAUUAAUAUUAUUGUAAAAUUUAUAAUAAAAUUAAAUAAUAUAUUUUGAAUUAUUUCAUUUAACAAUAAACAACUAAAUUAUAAAAUACUAUUUAAUACAAACGAGUGGUCCCUGUAAUCUAUAACUAUAAGUAUUACAUACAAAAUUUAGGUAAUAAUACUGUAAAAUGCUAAUAAAAACAGUCUUCACAUUGACAAUAAUACAAGAUUUUUAGACCACUUUAAUUUCCAAACAACACUUAU